UCCUAUCCCCUUAUUUAUUUUUUCCUUGAAGUCCUAUCAUAAUCAUCCUAUCCAAAGAAGUAAAAAAACAGUUUGAGCACGGUGACAGGGUCUAAGAAGAGCAACUGUAAUGGCGUAUCUCCAUCUUCCCACUGCCUCACGUUCUGCGUUUAUGGUACCCAUCACAGCAGCAUCGUCUCCUCUCUCUCUGCCACCUUUCCCCACUCAAAACUCAACCAAAUUCUCCAAUUGGGUCCGGUUGAAGUCUUUGAAUCUCGUGCUCUCAGGGGCUCUCACGCUCGGACUCUCUCUAUCAGGAGUCGGAGUAGCAGAGGCCAAAGUUGGGGUCAACAAGCCAGAAUUGCUUCCUAAAGAGUUUAGUCCUGUCAUUGAUGUUGCAGGGUUCCUCUCUGACGGUCAGGAGAAAAGACUUGUUCAAGAGAUUGGUGAUAUUGAAAAAGAUACUGGGUUUAAGUUGAGAGUUCUGGCCCAGAAUUACCCUGAAACACCAGGACUGGCGAUCAAAGAUUUUUGGCAAGUGGAUGAUAGAACUAUUGUCUUUGUUGCUGACCCCACCUUUGGUAAUAUAUUAAAUUUCAAUGUGGGGGCUUCGAUUGAUCUAGACAUUCCACGUAGUUUCUGGAGCCGAUUGGCAGGGAAAUAUGGAAAUAUUUUUUAUUGGAAGGAGAAGGGGGAAGAUGCAUCAAUUGAAGCAGCUGUAAUGGCAAUAUCUGAUUGCUUGAGAGAACCCGUAGGCCCAAAUAAUUGCUCUGAGGUAAAAUAGUUCAACAAUGGAUACUAGAAAAAAGUUCCCUCAUUUGUACUUUCUGUCAAUUUUGUAACAUAUAACAUAAGAGAAAUGCUACAUGCGCUUUCAAGUGUUUAUUCCCAAGCGUACAUUCUCUAACUUUUCAGUGAAAAUCACAAUUGGAUUUUGGAUCCAAAUCUAAUGGUGAAUUUCACUGCUACGUCAAGGAGUGUGCCAUGUCAAGGAGUGAGCCACGUCAAGGAGUGUGCAUUUGGGAGUAAACACUUAAAAGUGCAUGUAGCAUUUCUCGUAACGUAAUGUUCUCGUGAUUUGUAGAGCCAGGUGGGUAUAUCAUGUAAUAUUACAUUGAAGGUAGUAAAUGUUAGAUGCAUGUAAGGCACAUCUAGACGCCUCUGCUUCUCUCUCUCUCCCUCCACCCCGCUCUCUUCAAUCUCUAUCUUCUCUUU